CUGUGUAGUAUAAAAACUGCUAUGAAAAAACUUGAAUUUAAGCUCCAGCGGACUUGGACUUAGAAAUAGUCGAACUUCGCCAUUUCUGUUUUCAAAUUAGUUUUUUUUGUUUUUAAAAGAAUAUUCUCCAAUUUAGAACGUUCGUAUUAUGAAUUGCGAUGUCAUUGUUAUAAAGCACGAUCAUUAUUUGCAUCAGAUGAAAGUGGUCUCUCAGAUCCAUAUUUAAGUAUUACAGUUGGCAAUGAAACACAAUCGACACCAGUAAGUAUAAAUCGAAUUCUUUUUUGAAAAGAAUAUCACUACUAAUCUAUGGAUCCGAACAUUUUUUUCGCUAUUUUAACCAAUCUGAUUUUGUUACACGAGAAGAAAAAAUUUGAGAUGUGCAGGGCGCCCUUAUCCUAACUUCCCCUCUCCUACUCUGCAGGGGAUGGGAGGGGAAGAAGAAGUCACAGGUUAUGGUAGGGCCAGGGAGAGAGUAUCACAGAGAAGGGUAUCGAAAAUUCUCACAUAGAGCCAAACAUUUUCGAUGGGGCCAGGAAUCCAGCAACAGCUACCAUGCACAUCGCUAGAAAAAAUCUGAACAGAAAAUUUUUUUAAAUAAUUAAUUUCCUCCCCUGAGCCAGAUAACGUGAGUAUGCUGAAAAAGUUUCAGAACAUACGCUUCAAAGUGUCUUUUACAAACAGAGGAUGCCUGAGG